GCCAUUCAUCUUCUCUGGCCGUGGAGAACAUUUGGCUCUUUUAGCCUAAGAUAAGAGAGAAGAAGCUUUCCAAAUAGGAAGCUUGAGCAGAUUGAAUCCUUGUUCAUCCAAUAUGAAGAACCAAUUUCCAGAUCAUGUCAUCGGAAUUCCAGUGAACUCAGUAUCUUAUUCAGUUGAAAAAUCAGCAGAGAAACAUACCACUGUAACAGAAACUGCUAGCCCAUAUUUUAUUUCCACUCCUUCAAAGGAGUCUCCCAGAUCCAAACAAUAUAGAGUUGACACACUGAUAGAAUGGAUCAACAAGCUGAGAAAAAAGGCUGAUAGUUUCACAGAUGGAGUUCUUGAGCAUGUUAGAUUGGGGCCCAAGGUAUCUACAACUAUGAAGGGGAAAUUGAGGCUGGGAACCAAAAUUCUUCAAGAAGGUGGUAUUGAGAAGUUAUUCAAGCAGAUCUUCAAUGUUAGAGAAGGAGAGAAGCUAUUGAAUGCUUCCCAAUGUUAUUUGUCAACAACAGCUGGUCCUAUUGCAGGGCUCCUCUUUAUCUCCACUGAAAAUGUUGCCUUCUGCAGUGAGAGAUCUCUUAGAUUCACCCUGCCAACACAAGAGUUGUUUAGAACACCUUAUAAGGUCAUGAUUCCAUUACAGAUGAUAAAGGGAGCCAACCAAAGUGAAAAUGUGAACAACCCAAACCAGAAGUACAUACAAGUAGUUACUGUGGAUAAAUUUGAGUUCUGGUUUAUGGGUUUUCUAAAUUAUCAGAAAGCUUUCAAAUAUAUUCAACAGGCCAUCUCUCAAUCUUAAAGUGAGUCAGUUCUCUGUCAUUAUAACAAGAGAAAUUGACUUUUCCUACCAGGAAUUCAGCCAAGGAUAAAGUUAUCAGAUACAUAUUUCUUGAAUCUGGUAAAGGGUGACAACCAUCAUGGGUGUUGAGAAGUUAUCCUAAAGGGUCUCCCAGGUGAUGGUGAUUCUCUGUGCAUGUCUGGACUGAACUUUCAGUCCCAUAUCACGAAAGUUUCUAUCGUAAAUUUGAUGAGACGUGCUGAAACUGAAAGUCCCCUGAGGAUAAGAUUUGCUAACACUGGCUCUAGCAUAUCUUGAAGGUUCACAAUGAAGCUAGUCUCAAAGUCCAGAAUCUAAACCCACAUCAUAGCAUCUGUAAGGCAUGAAGAUUUUAGAGAGUUCUCAAUUCUCAACCAGAGAAACAUAUUGUGGUUCUCAAUCAGUGCAAAAGAGACUGAAGUUCUAAUUCCAAAGGUAAAAUAUCAGCUAUGUUUCAGGGAGGUUUGAGCAGACACAGAGGCUUUUUUGUGAUAGAAUUGUGAUAGGAACUUAAAUGGAAAAGACAGCCAAGUUGAAUUGGGCGAUUCAGUCCUGAUCAAAGCCUUGAUUGGAGAAGCAUCAAGAUAUUGAAGUUGUCUAGUCCCUCUAAAUGGUGCCUAGAACCACCUCUCAUUUUUGCUUCUCUUCUUGUAAAUGCUAACUUGAUUCACAUGAAUUCAUGUAUAGACUCUACCCAAAAAAAUAAAAAAUCAUGUAUAGAUUUUAUGUAUAUGUCAAUGAAACUUAUGUCUAUACAAAAGCAUAGAAAGUCUUUUGGAUCUUUGGAUGUAAAAGAAUACCUUUGAGUAAAGUGUGUACCUUAAACGUGAGCUCUUUUGAAGGGCAGUUUUGACAGUGUUCUCAGCAGAGUAUGUGUCCGAUCUCCACAUCAUUGGAUAUAUUCAGAAAUAAAUUUUCAAC